CACUCACUUUCCACCUUUCUUUCCCACUCUCCUGUCUAUUUUUUAUGCGUUCUUACAUUUUACUAAAAAUUAGUUGUUACAUGUAAACAAAUAAAACUAUAACUUAUGUCAACUUCCGGUUUAAUGUACAGAGUGUUUUGAUGUCAAGUUGGUGCAAAUAGUUGAGGAACAUUACUCAGUGUGUAACUUUUCAAGUAAGUGUGUAAGUAAAGUGUUUAUUAAAGGGGAGAAAAUGGAUAUCAAUUCACAAGAUAAAAAGUCUGUUAAAAAAACUAAACUGCAGUAUAUGCAAUAAAAAGUUCAAAACCAUAAAAACACUGAAGAAACAUGUAAAAGAAAUGCAUACAAAUUUUGGACAACACGUCUGUACCUUAUGCAAGAAUAAAUUCAACUCCAAAACUUCAUUAUUGAAGCACAAGAACCGGAAAAAUUGUACCUCUAGUCAAAAUGGAAAGUCCAAAACCAAGAAAAGAAUCAAGUGUGGAUAUUGUGCCCAAUAUUUUGAAACACAAAUUGCUCUGAGCCUGCAUAUUAAAAAUGAACAUUACGAAGCGGCGUAUACAUACAAGUGUCCGAAAUGUGACAAGAAAUUUAAGAAUCAAACUGGGCGAUCAGUUCAUCAAAGUAGAAUACAUAAUUCGAAAAAAAAAAUUUGCAUGUCCAUCAUGCCCAUAUACUUGCAAAGCAUCCUUUAACCUUAAUCGACACAUUCUCAAUAUGCAUUCAGAAAAAGCCAUCAUAAAAUCGGAACUAAAAAAGUUAAAAGUUUCACCAGCAGAGUUAGGCCUUCAAAAGUAUCGUGAAUUUAAAAAAAAUCCAAGUGAUAAAAAUAUAAUUUGUACCAUAAUAAAAAGUGGAUACUACUUGAAGUUGCUGAAGCAACAGUAUCGGAAUCUCGAGCCUAAAAGACUUACGACCCCAGUUAGACUUGAUGAAGUGAGUGGACAACGCCACAAAUAAGGAUGGGGUUAUAAAUCUGAUGGAAACGACCAACCCAUUCGUUAUGAGCAGGGUAUUCCGACCCCGGGUUUUACUGGGUUGGGGUUUUGGGGUUUUACUGGGUUUUACUGGUUGUUUUCAGAGUAAAACCCCGGGUUUUUCCGAACCCUGGUUAUGAGCAAUUGACAGAGGAUGAACAAAUUUCAUCAAAGAAAAUAUAUGGUUACAUUUGGCGAGAUCCAGCUAGUUUUGAGGUUGUAAAUGUGUAUUUUGGCUUACACGAGGAGGAUAGCAAGGAGGCAGCAAAACUGAAAUGGCAACAAACUCUACACUCAGCCAAGUAGGGAUGUACAGAUAGGAAGAUGUUUCGGUCUGGAUAUUUUUUCGACCAUGAGGAGGCAUUUGAGGUACCAGGGAUGGUUGCUACAUCAAAAUGGGUUGCUGGACAACUAAAAUGGUUAACCCGGAACGAAACAGGGUCAAUCUGCUCCGUCAAGCCGGAAGAAUGCUACACCUGGCUUGGUGACUACUUGGAACAACUCCGACUCUCCCUGCUGUCAAUAAAUGAACUUUGGCUCGACCAUAACCAAACUGUCCAGCUUGUCGACAAAGAGGAGCUUAUUCUGGCGAGAGGAUUGUUGGAGAAAGAAAGAGGUGACCGGGCUGACAUUGUAUUUGGGUUUGAAAAGAAGAUUGAGAACCUAACGGCCGAGAAUUCAACGGUGACGGCCGAGAAUUCAAAACUUUCACUCCGUCUGAAAGGCCUGAAGAGGAAGAGAAAGGAUUCCCGGAAGGUGAAUCGUUUACUGCUGGUUGAGAGACGUAGAAAGGGGGGAAAUACUGACGUUCCCAGUUUCAUCCCCGUGACUUUCAAUCUUGGUGCAGACGAUAACUUGGUGCAAGGAUCUCUACCCAAUUUCGACAUAUUUAGGGAUCAGUCGGCAGACGACGACGAAUCGAGUAGUGACGAUGAUGACGAAGCGUUGCAAUAUGCAAGGGUGUUAAAGGUGAGUGAUCUCAUUAACGUCGUCACACGGGUACUCGACCGCUCCGAUACCGAAACAGUUACUAGUCCUACUGGUGAUAAUAUUACUCAAGAGACUGACGAGAUCAAACAGACUGAAUUUAGUGGAAAAGUAUUUGUAGUUAAGUUAGGUGAUUAAUUGUUAAAGAUAUUUUUAUACUAGCCAAUGAACUUGUUUGGUCCUAUUGUACUUAAUGAAUUGUAAGAAUUAAUAAGUGGAAUGAUCAGAAUAAAAUGGGAGUGAUACAUACUUCAUACUUUCCUACCA